AUGGCACCGAGCGCUCGAGAUGGGAAGUCCGCCUCCAGCGCAUUGUCCAGUGUGUUUGCGGAAAUAUCCCAGCUGCGUACGCGCGAAGCCACGGACAUCACACCGUCAGGCUUCGUUGUUGUCACGAGCGCGAGCUUUUGGAUGGACAUCUUCAUCCGACACUUUUUGUGCGCCGAAGGCUCGGACCAGCAUGACGACCUCGUGUUCUUUGUGAAAAAGACAGCAUGCAAGGCGUCCCGACGCUACGUCCCACGACUGGAGACCACCGUGCAGGUUUUUCGUCGAAAUUCCAAGAAGCUUCCCAUAGCAGACUUGGAUCUUCACUGGGAGGAGACGGUCUACCUGAACCUUAUCGUUCAGCAGCUCGAGUACACGCUAACGGCAGCAGCGUGUCUGCGUACGGGAAACCAGCAUCUGCAGGUGCUGCGGCGACGUUCUCAGCGUGUGUAUGCGUCCCCCACACGUCACAGCAUGGAGGACAAGGGAGACACCGAAGAAGUGGCUUACCCAGACAUCUUCUUCGCUGUUGACAACUAUGAGGAGGCCUUCCAAGGUCUGAACCUGCGGCCGGGCGAGUUGCUCUGCGUGGAGCUCUGUGCCCGUUGUCGUGAUGGCCCCCAGGCAGCAUUGCUGUUUUUAGGAUGUGUGGCACACGAGCCCCUGGCGCGGACUCUAGCCCGUGCCGAUGCCUCGUCAUCUACGACACCGCGAGGUCGAUGUCACUUCGUGUCUCUGAGGGGACCCCAAGGCAGGGGCCAGGCACAGGUGGCCCUCAGGAGGGCGACGACCGCACCCUCACAGGAGUGGCCUUGCAGUCCAUGGCGCCGAAGUUCAGAGCCUGGCCUGGUGCCGCCACCAAAUCCAGGAUCGCUGUACCGGUGUCGAUCGGAACGGCAGGGCAUUGACCAGUGCGGAACUGGCGAAGAACUCGAAGCCGACGACCUCAGAGAUGCUCUUUGCGGAGAAGACUGCGUGCCCGUCGGCGGCAACAGGAACGAGGGCCUCUUGGACACCAUGUUGACAUACGUGGCAUUACCGUGGCACCACAUUGUGGCCGAUCUACUGGACGUACGACGCGAGCCCCUGCUUACCUUCUAGCCUCUGCCCAUCUUGCAGGCGUUGAAGACUAGUCGAUUGCAUUUUUCUUGUCCAAGACUGCAACUGCGCCCUCAUCGCAUCCUCUGGAUCAAAUGCAGCCAGCUGGGGGCCAUCGACGCACAAGGAUAGAAAUUAUGGCGAGUCUAGAGAGAGAAAAACUGCAUGUUUUUCAAUCUCGUGCUCCACGAUGUGUUGCAGACAUUGCAUUUUGAGGCCUUGCAGUAGGCACGAAAGCAGGGAUAGAAUAUUAGUCACGCACACCACGUCAAAAUUAGCUGUUGGCAAAUGACGCUCGUGCACUCCAUUUUCUGCGCUGCUCGAAUGGUCUGCAGGCAGGAGUUUACUGCUCUGUUACAGUUCUGAGUAAGCAUUGUUCAAGAACUACAGUUGUCUCAACAUUGUCAGUCGGCUGAGGUUGUCAGUGAGCCUAUUAUGUGAGACAUAGGAUCACCAGAUUAGGUACUUGGUAUCAUAGUACAAUUAUGAUACUCAUGAACACAGAGACACAGAGCUAAGAAUUUAGGCUCUGUUCCCUGUGGGCUGCACUGUUGAGAUCCUUUGAAGCUUCAGAAAGAUCAACUUACCCACAUUUCUGCUGUAAAAUUGAACAUUGUUGUCACCCAUUAUUUUAAUUUAAUUAUUUAUGCUGCAAUCAUGAUCAUGUGUUGUCUCUCGUGAUCACGAUUUACUCGUUCAGCUAGUGCAUGUCAUCCUAAUGAAGUGCAACAAGCUAGCCUCUUUAAUUUCAUCUAUGAACAAAUAUAUGGCACAUUCAGCGGAUUGUUUCUUAGCGGUGCCACGAAUUUUCAAAGUUGGUAAGUCGUCCGUAUAUUGACAAUAAGCACACUCUUGUAUAGCAGUUUGAACAAGGUCAGAAUAACGCUACUAGAAUCUAGCACUGCUGUUGCCUGUAAAGUCUAAUGCUGUAAUACAGAAAAUCAGAGUGUGGUGACAGCAAUCUCAAAGGGCUUGCUGUAUCUUUUAUUAUUUAUUUACUAAUUAAGGUGUUUGUAGUGUGCUGCAUGCUGUCCCCAACAAUAUGAAGCAUGACUAGCUUUUGCCAAAGCUCCGGUGCGCUCGGAUGUCGCGGCCUAAACCGAUAGGCAUCUCGUGCAUGUACUUCGCAAUAUGCAGCUAAAAUGAAGAUGUCUUGGCAGCAGGUGCGUCAGACAUCACAUUCAUGGGGAGAUCAUUUGCUGCACUUUGUGUGUGUGCCACAUUCUGAAAAAUGACUUUAAUAUAUUAUUUGCAUUAUAAUGACAUACGUAUUAUUUUUUACUUGAUGCAUGUCCUUUUUUUAUUUUUGCUCUUUACAGCAUAUAAAUUGAUAGUCUUGCAUACAUGGCUUGCCAUGACUUCAAAGCAUGCGCCUCACUGUGAGGUUACUAAAAAUUUUUAAAUAUUUGUUUAGUUUUGGUGCUGCAAACCAUCUACAAACAAAUAUGCAGCUGCAUGGAAUCACAGUGCUGGUUGGGCAGCAUUACAGUAAUUCUGGGCUGUGAAGGUAUGUUGUCUCUUACGCGAUUCCGUCCAUUUAUGAAGUGCUCACUACAUAACUUGUAAGUAACGCUGCUGCAAUAUAAACUGUGCUUCUGUCAGCAGUAGUGCUUAUUGAUUGAUUCGUACCUAUAACCACGGCCACCUCGAUCGGGGCGCGCGGCGGUGUUGCUCCGGCCGUCCCAUUCGGACGGAGGAGGCGUAAUUGCAGAAAGGGGCGUGGCCGCUGCUUUCGCCGCACCGCGGUGCGCGCCUACUACCCCUCCAUUCCUUUGCUAUCUAUGCAGGAAGGUUUGCAGCACCUUGAAAAUAUCGCUGUAUAGUAACCGUGGGUUAGCAUACCACCUCCCUCACCCUCACAAAACGCACAUAAAAGAAUGGAUGGCGGCUAUCGCUAUAUUCUUUAUUUUUGUGUGUGUGUGCACCAGUCCCUGUCGUGAUAAUGGUGCUCGAAGCGAACACACCCGUGAGCCAGUUUAAAAAAAAAAUUGUUUUGCUGUUCUUCAAGUGCAGCAUAUCAGAAUUAGGAG